GUUAUAAGUACUUAAGUUACUAAGUCCAUGGCUUGCUAAGUCUUUACAGAAUCAUUUCGUUUCGUUGGGAAAUAUUGCAUCUACAGUUAUUUAUCGUGGUUUGCGUUACAGGUUUGAUCAUUAAUAAGAAUUUCUUGCACCCGGAUUGUUCGUUUGCUUUUAUUUACAACUGUUUUUCCGAUUGAAAAUCAUUAACGCGUGAGAGAAAACUGAAGUGUCUGGGAGGCUGACUUCGAUUUCUUAAUCGCAGCUGACUCAAGAUGGAUAAGUCUGAAAUUCAGAGGUAUUUCUUAAGCACGAUGAAAGACAAUCCCGAUUUGUCGCCAGCUGUGGCGGCCAUCCAGACUUUGAUCGAGUUUCUCAAGCUCAAUUCAGCUGAAACUAUGGUGGAACUGCGAAAGAAUCUUAAGGAUGCGAUAGAACGACUAUGCGCAGCCGACAGUUAUAUUACGGGAACCUCCAUAUCGUCUGGAUGUGAAUUGUUUCUCAGAUUUAUCACUUUGGCUGCCUUGGACCACUCGAAUUUUGACGAGUGUAAGGAGGUACUGAUUGAGCGCGGGAACAUUUUCCUACGGAACGUGGCAGGAUCUCGUGAUAAAAUUGCCAAAUAUUUCCAUCCGUUUAUUCAGGACGGCGCGACAAUCUUGGUGCAUUCCAAAUCUCGUGUGGUACUGCAAGCGCUGAAGGAAGCUUUCAAGCACCGAAAGCGCUUUCAUGUGUACGUGACGGAAGCCAAUCCCGACAAGUCUGGCGUUAAAAUGCACGAAGCCAUGACAGAGUGCGGCAUACCUUCCACUGUAAUACUGGACGCGGCGGUGGGUUAUAUCAUGGAGAAAGUCGAUCUGGUGAUCCUUGGUGCGGAAGGAGUGGUGGAAAGCGGCGGAAUCAUCAAUAAAAUCGGAUCUUUCACGGUGGCCAUUGCGGCCAAGGAACACAACAAACCGGUGUUCGUUCUGUCGGAGAGCUUUAAGUUUGUCAGAUUAUUCCCGCUCAAUCAGCGCGAUGUUCCCAAUCAUUUUAAGUACACCCAAGCGACAUUGUUGCGCCACAAAGAAGAUCUGAGCAAGGAGCACCCAUAUUCCGAUUACACUCCUCCUAGUUAUAUUACCCUCCUUUUCACUGAUUUGGGUAUUUUAACUCCGUCCGCUGUGAGCGAUGAAUUGAUUCGGUUGUAUUUAUAAAUAUUGUCUUCCUUCACUAGUUUGUACUUCGGCGAUACGCGAAUUGUUUUUCUGUGUGUUUCCCGUUGAUAAAUUGCUGAUUCACAAGACAUCCUUGCGACGUACCUUUCUUAGCAUAGAUUUAUUCUUUUUUUCGCCUGAUCUUCGCC